CUGCCGUCCUCCCAGGAGGGCGCCUGGGCUGCCUUCCUCGGUGGGGCGUCCCUGGGGCGCAUGGCUCCCCCUCCGUGGGGCGUCUCCGGGCGCCGCUCUCCCCGCCCUGCCGGGAAGAAGGAGCUGCUCCUCCUCUCCUCCUCGCGCCCCUUCCUGCGGGCUCCCCUCCGAGGCUGCUCCCCGCCUCCUCCUCCUCCUCCUCCGAGGCCGGUGCUCUGGUCCAAGUGGAGGAAGAGGAAGAGGAGGGGGCGCCAGGCCGAGAUGACCGUCAAGCUGGACUUCGAGGAGUGCCGCAAGGACUCGCCCCGAUUCAGGGCGGCCAUUGAGACGGUGGAAACGGAGGUGUCCUUGUUGGAGACGCAGCUGGAGAAGUUGCUGAAGCUGUGUGCCACCAUGCUGGAGUCCGGGCGGCAGUACUGCGCCCACAGCAAGACCUUCGUGUUGGGUGUCCAAGAGCUGUCCCACAAUUCCGCAGGAGACACCAUGAUGAGCGAAUGCCUAGAAAAGUUUUCCAAAAGUUUGACCAAGAUGAUUGACGGGCAUGAGGAACUCCUAGAUGUGACCCAGCAGUCCCUCAAGAACCAGAUCCAGAGCCUGGUGAAAGAGGACAUGAAGCAGUUCAAAGAGACCCGCAAGGAGUUUGAGCGUGGCAGCGAGAGCCUGUCGAGCGCCUUGCACCACAACGCGGAAGUGCCUCGCCGGCGCCACCACGAGGCUGAUGAGGCAACGGUGGCUUUGAAGUGCGCCCGCACUACGUUUCAUGCGCGGGCCCUGGACUACGUCCUGCAGAUCAAUGUGAUCCAGUCAAAGAAGAAGUCUGAGAUCCUGAAAUUUAUGCUGACGCUGAUGGAGGCUCAGUCUUCCUACCUGGAGCAAGGCUUCAAUAUGGCGAAGCAGCUGGAACAGUAUCGCAAGGACCUGGCGGCGCAGCUCCAUCAGUUGGUCCUGGAAUCGGCCCGAGAGAAGCGGGACAUGGAGCAGCGGCACACGGUCAUCAAGCAGAAGGAUUUGUCCCAGGACGAUGUGAUUCCCGAAAUUAAGACGGAGCCCGGCGGAGUGGUGAUGGAAGGCUAUUUGUACAAACGGGCCAGCAAUGCUUUCAAGACCUGGAGCAGGCGCUGGUUUUCCAUCCAGAGCAAUCAACUGGUCUAUCAGAAAAAGGCCAAGGAUGUGGUAACAGUGGUUGUGGAAGACCUGCGGCUCUGUACAGUCAAGCCCUGCCCCGAUCAUGAACGUCGCUUCUGCUUUGAGGUGGUCUCGCCCUCCAAGAGCUGUCUUCUCCAGGCAGACUCGGAAAGGCACCAGCAGGCCUGGGUUUGUGCCGUUCAGAACAGCAUUGCGUCGGCUUACAACGAGGAGCGGCCAGAAUUCCCUGGGCAGGCCCUGGAACGGACGACCUCCCUCUCGGCCACGCUCCAGUCUCCAUCCAGCCGCAAACUCCGGGGAGGAGUGGACAAGCACGUGGUGGACCAAGUGCAGCGGCUGGAGGGAAACGCCCAGUGCUGCGACUGCCGUGAACCGGCCCCCGAAUGGGCCAGCAUCAACCUGGGCAUCACCCUUUGCAUCGAAUGCUCCGGCAUACACAGGAGUCUGGGUGUCCAUUUCUCCAAGGUGCGAUCCCUAACGCUCGAUUCCUGGGAACCGGAGCUUGUUAAGCUGAUGUGCGAACUGGGGAACCUCCGCAUCAACCAGAUCUAUGAGGCUCGGGUGGAGGAGAUGAACAUGAAACGACCACAUUCCGGCUGUUCAAGGGCAGAGAAGGAGGCCUGGAUCCGAGCCAAGUACGUGGAAAAGAAAUUCAUCACCAAGUUCCCCAAGACUGGGUUGCGAAGUAGUCGGAGCGGAGAGAGUGGUGGGUUUGCGAAGCCCCCAAAACCUUUCCCCAAGCCCAAGCCUCCGCGACAGACACGAGGGACCACAGGCAGUACUCCGAACCGUUCCAGCCCCAUCCCAGGCUCCCCAGGGGGCUCUGCUUCCCCGACUCCGGAGGACCUGCAGAACUUGCACCCGGGGGCCCUGCUCUUCCGUGCAGCCGCCGCACCCCCCAGCUUACCCACCAUGGCGGACGCCUUGGCCCACGGCGCAGACGUCAACUGGGUGAACGUGGCCCAAGAGAGCCGGACCCCUUUGCUCCAGGCAGUGGAGGCUAAUUCCUUGCUGGCCUGUGAGUUUUUGCUGCAAAACGGUGCCAACGUCAACCAGGCGGACGUCCGAGGGCGAGGACCCCUGCACCACGCCACCAUCUUGGGCUACACAGGGCUUGCGUGUCUGUUCCUGAAGCGAGGAGCCAACAUGAAUGCCGUCGACAGCGAAGGGAAGGAUCCACUCAGCAUCGCCAUCGAUUUAGCAAAUGCGGACAUUGUGACCUUACUGCGGUUGGCCAAGAUGCGCGAAGCAGAAAUCGCCUUGGGUCAAUCAGGGGACGAAACGUACCUUGAUAUUUUCCACGACUUUUCGCUCAUGGCCUCCAAUGAUCCGGAGAAACUGGCCAGGAGGAGCUACGACCUGAAGCUGACCACAUUGUGAACCACAGAGAGGGGAAGAAGACACAAAAAUAGCCGCUACGUACAAAUACGAAAUGUGUGGAUCCUCAUCCAAACCUAUGGGGACAAAAGCAGGAAAUCUCAGAUCCUAUUUUGGGCACUUUUGGGGGAAUAAUUUCCCCCUCUUUGGAGCAUCAUAGUGAGGAAGAACUGAGCUUUCUCUUUGCUCUGUUUUGGGGAUCUUUAUCUUCUUUUUAUUUAUUGCUAUGUGGGACCGAAUGUUUGUUUCUGAUGGAGAAGAAACUGAUGAAGUAUCUUCCCAACUUGGCCCACUUCCUUUGAGUUUGGUGAAGAAGAAACCACUGGGGAAAAAGGGGAAGAUAGUGCCAAAGGAAGGAUGUGGAUUAAAUGAAGGGUGUCCCCAAUUACAGGGGAAAGAGCAUGCUUUCUAGGUGUGCAUUUUGCGCAUGGAAAUGGCUGGAAGCCUUCGGACUGGUUCUGCAAACAGGGACCAAUUUGCUCCCAAACUUUUGCAAACUUCUUUUGUUUUAUUCAUGGUGAGUCCAGUCCACACCAGCAAACUAUACAUUAAAAUCGGUUUCCUUUUUUAAAGCCUCUCUUUGGUUAUAAGCGUUCGAAAUGACCCAAGUGUUUUAAUUUAUUUAGCCCAUGUUUAUUAAAAAAGGAAGAAGGAUGGCUGGGA